AUGGCUAAAUCAAUCGCCGCCAAAGUCAGGUUGAGGCCACUACCAUUUGACACCACCUCCAUCAAAGUCGCUGCAGAGAUAAUCAGCCUCUCCUUUGCCUCAGAUCCUUUAAUACGCUGGUUAUCGCGUGACCGUACAGGGCCUGGCUGGGAGACUCUGACCCCUACCCUACAGAGAUGGCAGGAAGCAAGGCUGCGCGGUUAUGCUGUUCAAGCAAUCGCCAUGGAAGCUGUAACUGUGAGUGAGACUCCGGAAAGCGUGGGGUCUUGCUUCCUCUUCCCACCUGGCUCGCACUAUCGAUGGUCAGAGGUCUUCUGGUGGCCGUCAUGCUUCAAAGUCGCGUGGGACGAAUAUUGGGCAAAGCCAACGGAGCCAUUCUCUGACCCCGAGAAAAUCGGAACCAUGAUGGAAGCUCAUCACGAGUUUGAAGACAAGAUCAAGGAUAAAUAUCCAUCUAACUCUCUUUACUACCUCGAAAUUGCAGCGGUGAAACCUGAUUGCCAAGGUAUGGGCGUUGGCAAGGCAAUCAUGCAAUGGGUCGUGGAAAAACUAGGGGGAUCACCGUGUUUUUUGGAGUGCACGGAUCAAAAGAACGUUGGCUUCUAUGAGAAAUACGGUUUCAAGGUUGUUGAAGAGAAAACACUUGUUCAAGAGAAUGACGCGACAUCAACAGUCACUAUGUACUACAUGAUUAGAGAUCCCGUGGGCAAAAAACAGUAG